ACACCCAUAUGGUUCAUUGUCCUUUGAUGCCUGGUUUGCAGCCUCCAAGCCUGCCGAUGAAGCACCAAGUGCUGAUGAGGCAAUGGUGGCCGAAGCCAAAGGAUCCAAAGGAUCCAACGGAGCCAACGGAUCCAACGGAUCCCAGGGUGCGAAGUGGCACGAGGCAUCGGCCAGGCUUCUGUCAAGGACCCGGCCUGCGUCAGAACGCCUCUACUGCAGGGCUAUCAGCGGCUGUGGAAGGAAUCAGCAUUGGGAAGCAGCUUUGGCACAUUUUUCAGACUUUCAGGAAAAUGGCUUCCAAAUCAAUCGCAUCAUUUACAGCGCCGGCAUCAGUGCCUGCGCCUUGGGAACCCAGUGGCAGCGCAGUUUGGCGCUGCUGUCGCAGCUUACUGCGGAGGGAGGGCAGCCAGAUGUCGUCAGCUACAACGCGGUCGUGAGCGCGAGCCACGCCGCGAGCAAAUGGCAAUCCGCCUUGGCGGCUUUAAGGGAAUUGAAGUCCUUGGACUUGGAAGCCAACGUGGUGACAUAUAGUGCUGCCUUGAGUGCGUGCGGAAAAGGGCAGCAGUGGCUCUUGGCCAUGCAGCUUCUCGAGGAGAUGUCCGAGGAGAAACUGCUUCGGAACGUCAUCACCUACAGCUCGGCGAUUUCAGCCUGCGAGAAAUGUGCGCAGUGGCGGACCGCCUUAGCGUUGCUGACGGCGAUUUUGGUGUCUCACCUGAAAGCGAAUCUCAUUUCCUUCAAUUCUGCCAUCAGCGCCUGUGAAAAAGCAGGACGUUGGCAGGAGGUACUGUGCUUACUGCAGGCCCUUUCAGGCCAAGACCUGCGACCCGAUGAGGUGAGCUACAAUGCCAUGCUGAGCGCCUUCGAGAAGGGUGGUCAAUGGCAGCGAGCCCUUGAAAGUUUGCGCCAAGCUCCAGGAGAUUCCUUUGAGAUCAGCAUCAUCUCAUACAGCGCAACCAUCAGCGCCUGUGAAAAGUCGGGCCAGUGGCAAGUUGCAUUGCAGCUGCUCGAGGAGCUCCAGAGCGAGAACUUUCGUGGAGAUGUCAUCGUGUACAGCGCUGCCAUCAGCGCCUGUGAAAAGCGGGGUCAAUGGCGCCCCGCUCUGCUGCUUUUGAAUCAGCUCACAGAAGAAGAGCUGGAGGCAGAUAGUGUCAGCUACAACGCUGCCAUCGCCGCCUGUGAAAAGGAGCGAUGGCAGGUGGCGCUGCAACUUUUUGCUGACAUGCUCCGACUGAAAUUGCAACCCAAUGUCAUCUCGAUCUCCAGCUGCAUCAGCGCCUCGCAGAAGGCUGGCCGCUGGCUGCUGGCCUUGGAACUGCUGCAGCUGGCGGAGCUGCUGGACAUUGACGGCAACCUGGUGACCUUCAACGCUGCCAUGGCGGCCUCGGCGCAGAGCCUUCGCUGGCGCCACGCGAUCAGUUUGAUGCGGCGUGCCAGCAGUGCUCUGCUGGAGGCGGAUAUGAUAACCCUGACGUUGAUGACAGGCGUUUUCGAUGCCAUUGAGUGCGGCACAGCACUGCGGGAGACACUCUUGCAGGUGGAAUGCAUUGGUAGCAGCCUCACGCAUUACUUGAAAGAUGCGAGGGUCAAAAACGGAGGUUCUGUCUGUUGCGAUGCCAUCAACGAAUGCCGCAGAACGGUGCAGUGGCAAGGGGCGGUGGCUUGGCUCACAUGGCAGGGAUCUAAGGAGCUGCGGCCGAACAUCGUGGUUCAUGGGGCCGUGACCAGUGCGUGUGAGAAGUCCAGCCAGUGGCUUGAAGCCGCCCAGCAGUUGGCGACCGUGGUGAAAGUGGGGCUGCGGAGGGAUGUGGUGCUGCAGAACAAUGUGAUGAAUGCUGGCCAGAAAGGCACGGCAUGGCCCACCUCUCUUGCAACCUUGGGCACUCUGCCCAUCACCUCUUUGGAGCCCACUGUCAUAACCGUGAGCACCGGAAUUGCUGCUUUGGCGCGCUCUUCCUGGCGCGGAGCCGUCCAGACUCUGGCGCUGCCGUGCAAUGAGGUGGCGUAUGGAGCAGCUCUCAGUGCAUGUGAGGCUAAAAGCCAGUGGCAAGAGGCUGCCACGUUAGUGAAAACUAUGGACCUGAGAGCGUUGCAGCCAAAUUUGAUAAUUUCCAACACGGCCAUCAGCAGUUUCGCAAAGGCCGGUGGCCCCGGUGGCCCCGGUGGCCCCGGUGGCCCCGGUGGCCCCGGUGGCCCAUGGCACCUGGCAGUGCUCGCCUUGCACAAUGCCUGCGAGGAGCGCCUCGCAGAUGAGAUCAGUUACAAUGCUGCCAUCAGCGCUUGUGAGAAGAGUGGGCAAUGGAAAUGGGCUUUGGACCUGUUGGCUCAGACCCUGGGAGCCAGGCUAGUCUCAGAGGUGGGCUACAGCGCCGCUGCCAGCGCAUGUGAGAAGGGUGAACGAUGGAAGUGGGCACUGUGGCUGAUGACGGAAGCUCAGCAGUCCCAAAUGCAGCUGGACGUGAUUUUUUGCAGCACAGUGAUCAGUGCCUGCCAGAAAUGCGAGGAGUGGCCACGUGCUUUGAUGAUGUUCCAUGAGUUUUCGUCCUUGCCAUGCGAUUUGGUGGCCUACAAUGCCGCCAUCGCCGCCUGCGAGACCGGCAACCAAUGGCCAGAAGCUUUUGGGCUGUUGCAGGAGAUUGAGACGCAGACCCUGCGACCGGACGUCAUCUCCCACUGCUCCGCUCUCGGCCGCGGUGCCUGGCCCUGGGCCCUGGUGCGCCUGGAGCGCCUGGCGACGCAGCCAGUGCUCAACGCGGUGGCGGGCUCCUGUGAGAAGGGGGGCGAAUGGCGAAUCGCAGUGCAGUUGUUGGAUCAAGGUGAGGACAUCAUCAGCUCCAACAUCGCCAUGGCCGCCUGGCAUCAGGCCGAGCGCUGGCCGGAGGUCCUGGAUUUGCUCGCGGAGCUGGAAGCAACGCUGGCACAACCCAACGUGAUAAGCUACAGUGUGGCCAUCGGUGCCUCUCAACUUGUGGGGCGCUGGCGCUGGUCCAUUGAGCUGUUGCGGAAGCUUCAUCUUGCGGGACAGGUCGCCAAUGUGAUCACAUACAACGCGGUGAUGUGUGCUUGCUUCGAGGGAGGCCACUGCAGUGCUCAAAAGGCUGAGCUGCGGGUCCAGCGAGUCAAGCGAACAGAACGUGAGGCAGAUCCAGCUACUCAGAUGCCGCCCAUGGACUCCUUGCAGCGACAUGGCAUCGAGACCAAGAUCUCGCAGGCUUUGGAGAAGGUGAAACAGAUCCUUGGGGCCGAGAAGUCACCACAGAUUGCAGGGGAUGUUCAUCAUGAAUAUGAGGACAAGUACCUCCUGGUGGAGCGAGCCACGAACAUGGCGGCGGCCGCCGAGUUGAACUGCCUGGGCAUGUUGGGCCUGACGACUCAGCACCUGUCCACCUUGAAACAAUGGGCCUCAGGACAGGAGGUCUCACUGCGUUUCAAAUCCAAAGAGCAGUGCAACUUCCUUCGAGAAGAGACACGAGAAGAAGAGGCUCCCAGGAAGCAUGUGGAGGAAGUCACCGUCGGGGGAGUCUUGCGUAGCGCCAUCACCAGCAAGGUGGUUACGAAGAUUACGGAGUAUUUCUGGAGCUUUGAGACGAAUUAUGUGCUUGAAGCGUUCAAGGGUGUUGGUGCAGAAGCUUCUGAUCGCUUGGUGCUUUGGAGCCGCCAGGGGCAGGUGGAGCUGAAGACGAGCGCCAAGUCGCCAGCGCCGCAUCCGGAAGUGCGCUCUCCGGCGGUGAACAAAGAGGUGAACAUCAGCUGGUUGCUGAGAACUCUUGCGGAUCCUGCGACCCCCUCCUUCGCCAUCGAUCGCACCAUCAAGAGCUGCAAGACACCGCGGAGGAAUGAGGACUUUGACAAAGCCUACGAGCAUUUCAUGGCACUCUCCAACUGGACAAUGUACGUAGCAGACUACAUCAACCAUCUUCGAACUGUACAGCCUCGCAAGAUUGAUGACAGCGCGCUCUCCCUGGAGCACGUUUUUGUGCCUGUCACGCCCAUCAUGUUCAAAGAAGGCAUUGGCGAGAUUAAUGACACCGCAGCUUCUUCGUUGAUGUCGCUGCUGCCCAAGGGCGUAGCGGAACCGUCGCUGGUGCUCUCUAGCUCCGCCGGAAAUUUGCUGCUCAACGAGCAGAUGCGCAGCUUGAAGGAACAGCACCAGAACAUCCACAGCUGCUUCGCAGGUGACACUGGCAUCCUGACAGCGGCCGAGGCCUGCAUGUCCCUGACGCUCACCCACAUGAAUGCCGUGGCACACCAGUGGGUGCAGGCCGUCGACUAUGUGGAGUCGAUGCUUCGCAAGCAAUUGGUGGCAGCUAUUGGCAAAGAGGUUUCUCCAUCUGAAUUCGGGUCCUACAUGCGCUUCCACUACCGGAAGCUCUUUUCGGAUGCCUAUCAGCCAUCGCAAUUUUGCUUCGCCGUGCGUCGCUCGGAGCAGCACGGACCCGAAGGCACUGUGAGUAUCGAGGAGGAGUCGUAUGGCGAAGGAGGUGCUGCCAUGCACAUGCCCAUUGUCACGUUGGAAAACCAUGGCAGCACGCCGACAGUCAUGAACUUCCCCUUGAGUGCCUCCACGACGGUGUCCUUCACGGGGCCCGUGCAUUUGCACGGCUGGCUGUGCCACAGCUUCUCCGGACAGACAGGAUCGGGCUUGUUCCUCAAGUCCCGUGCCAGGCAAUUCAGUUCCAUGCUGGUGCUGGUGGGCCGCGUGACCUCGGCUACAUCCUUUGAUCCGACCUAUGCGGCCAUCGUUCAAAACAAGGAUGAGUUGACGAUUCCCCUGGAGAUGUCCGUGAUCCCCACUCCCAAGGAGUUCAAGGAUGCCAUUGCUUCAUUGUCGCCGGAGCAGCAGCAGUUUGCCAAAGCCUUCAGGGCAAUGCAGCUGGAGAGCACCCUGUUUGGAGUGCUGGUGGUACAGAUCAAGCCUCAGCUGGAGAAGCUUCUCAACUUGCCGGACGACAGUUUGACCAAGGAGAUCAAGUUGACGCAAGAUCUCAUGGAGCUCUUCUUGAAAUAUCAGAUCCCCAGCGAUUUGCUCUCCUUUAGUGAGCCGGAAGGUGCAGCCCAUGAGACUUCGGCCACUGAGCGCUUGGCUGCGGUGAAGGGCCAUGUCAAAGCGAUGUUCGACAUGAUCAACAAGGAAAAAGAAGAAGAGCUUGAAGAAGUGCGCAAACAAGCGCAGUACAUUGAACCCUUGGCGGACCUGGCGGACCUCUUUAGAACUACCGGAUCUUUGCCCAGCGCCAUUCAGCAGGAGUGUUCAACGCCCAUGCUCGAGGCGAUAGAGUGCGAGGAGCGCGAGGAGUGCGAGGUUGAAACGAAAGUGCACUCCGGCAUCAAGAAAAAGGGUCGAUCGCGCGCCGCCCCCGCAGCGUCCGUGCCUGCGGCUCCCUCGUCCGCACCCUCCGCGCCUGUGCCUCCCCCAGCGCCGCCGGCGCAGACAGCGGAGGCGGCAGCGUCUCCGCAGCCGGCGGAGGCAGCACCGGAGCCGCAGGAAACGCCCAGCCGCGAGGCACCAAUGGAAUCUGCCGGUGCCACAGCUGGUCCCAGGGACUAUACUCAGGUGCCGCAGGAGAUGGAUACGCAGUUCGAAAAGCUGGACCCCGAUAGCUCCCUCCGGCCCACCAUCAUCAAUGUUGGUCGGCUGUGGAAGAAGCGCUCCCAAAAGGCGCUCCUGGCAGAGCCCAAAGAGACGCACUUGACGGCGGAUGAGCAGAAGUCCGAGAAGGAUGCAGCAUUCGACUUGUUGGAUGCCAUUACCAAGUCCGGAGCUCUCCCCUUGAGCCAUGCCAACCUGCACAUCGUCAUCGCAGCCACGCAUUGCUUUGACAAGACGGUCCUAGAGACGGUCGUGCAGGAGAACGUGAAUCCCAUCGAGAAAGUGGAACGCUCGACGCUGAUCAUGGCUUCAACGGUUCACCAGCAGCCGACUGUAGCCCUCAUCAAAGAGUCCAGCGCCUUGCGCUUGUUGCAAGCAUCGCCGCAACUGUUCCUGAAAGAUGUGGCAGCUGCGGAUUGA